AUGAAGACGCCGGGAAAUGGUGCCGGUGGUGGCAAUGUUAAUCCAGCUGAAGGAGAGAAGAAGAACUUAAAUCCAGAGCUAUGGCAAGCUUGCGCCGGACCUCUGGUGAACUUGCCUGUUGCUGGAACACAUGUUGUCUACUUUCCUCAAGGCCACAGUGAACAGGUUGCUGCAUCUAUCAAGAAGGAUGUGGAAGCCCAAAUUCCAAACUAUCCAAACCUGCCGUCAAAGUUAAUUUGUCUUCUGCACAAUGUUACCCUUCAUGCUGAUCCUGAAACAGAUGAAGUGUAUGCUCAAAUGACACUACAACCAGUUCCUUCAUUUGACAAGGAGGCAUUAUUGAGGUCAGAUUUGUCUAUGAAAGCAAAUAAACCACAACCAGAAUUUUUUUGCAAAACUUUGACGGCAAGUGAUACUAGCACUCAUGGUGGUUUCUCUGUACCUCGGCGUGCAGCUGAAAAAAUAUUCCCUCCUUUGGAUUACUCCCUGCAGCCACCUGCUCAAGAACUUGUGGCUAGGGACUUGCAUGAUAACAUAUGGACUUUUCGACAUGUUUAUCGAGGGCAACCGAAACGACACUUAUUAACAACAGGGUGGAGCCUAGUUGUGAGUGGAAAAAGGCUUUUUGCAGGUGACUCGGUCUUGUUUAUUAGGGAUGAAAAACAUCAGUUUCUACUAGGAAUUAGAAAGGCUAAUAGGCAGCCUACCAACUUAUCGUCAUCAGUGUUAUCAAGUGAUAGCAUGCAUAUUGGUAUCCUAGCAGCAGCAGCACAUGCAGCUGCAAACAACAGUCCUUUCACUGUGUUCUAUAACCCAAGGGCUGGUCCUUCUGAAUUUGUAAUUCCUUUAGCAAAGUACUACAAAGCAACUUAUAGCAGUCAAAUAUCUCUUGGCAUGAGGUUUCGCAUGAUGUUUGAGACAGAAGAAUCUGGAACUAGAAGGUAUAUGGGCACAAUUACUGGCAUUAGUGAUCUGGAUCCAGUGAGGUGGAAGAACUCUCAGUGGCGGAAUUUGCAGGUUGGUUGGGAUGAGUCGACUGCUGGAGAGAGGAUCAACCGAGUCUCUAUUUGGGAGAUUGAACCGAUAACAGCACCAUUUUUGAUCUGUUCUAGUCCAUUCUUCAGUUCCAAGCGUCCAAGGCAACCCGGAAUGCCAGAUGGUGAUUAUUCUGAUAUGGAUGGCAUGUUCAAGAGGACAAUGCCAUGGCUUGGUGAUGAUUUUGGCAUGGCAGAUCCUCAAGGUCUGCCUGGUCUUAGCUUAAUCCAAUGGAUGAACAUGCAGAAGAAUCCUUCUUUGGCUAACCCGAUGAUCCCCAACUAUAUGAAUUCCCUAUCUGGUUCUGCUCUACAAAACCUUGCUGGAGCAGACCUAUCACGCCAGCUAGGUAUGGCAGCACCGCAAUUUCAGCAGCAGCAGCAAAUGCAGCACAACUUGCAGUUCAAUAAUGCCCAUAGGCCAAACCAACAGCUUGACCAGCUCCAGAAGUUACCAGCAGCAGCGCUGAACUCGUUAGACUCUAUUAUGCAAUCACAGCAACAGUUAUCUGAUGUCAGUCAGCAACCAAGACAAAAUCUAACUACUCAGUCACUGCCUACAACCCAAGUUCACACACAGCAUAUGCAAGCGCAGAGUCUUGGGCAAUCUCAGAACGUUCUUCCGCCGCAACAAUCAGUUCAAAAUCAAAACCAACUGCAGAGAAACCUCCCCCAGAGCCUAUCACAGCAACAUCCACAACAACAGAUUCUGAGUCAGACUCAGCAGCAAAGUUUCAUGUCAUCCCAGCCCCCAGAUCCAGUGAACCAACAACAGCAUUUCUCUGAUAACCAAGCACAGCUUCAAAUGCUACAAAAACUACAUCAACAACAAAAAUCACUUCUAGCACAACAAUCUGGAUUACAGCAACCUUCACAACUUGGGCCAAUCCAGGAUCACCAGAAGCAGCUCAUGGAUGCAUCACAGAACUUUUCCAGGUCACUUGCGACAAACCAAAUGUUGGAUGCGUCUCAAACCACGUCCACUUCACUUCCUCACUCGCAAGUUGUUCAGCAGCAAAUGACGAGAAUAAAUAGCCCGUCCAAUCUUCGGUUUUCCCAGCCAACUCAGCAACCAAAGCUUCAGCAGCAGCAAUCUGGUAACCUGUCAGACCUAUCUGGACCAGUUAACUACCCUCUACCCCGAACGUCUUAUCAGCUUUCCGCAAAUGGCAGUAAUUUAACAGGAACUGCAGGGGGAGGGCAGUCUGUGGUAAUUGAUGAUGUCCCAUCAUGGUCCACCUCGGUUUCCACUAAUAACUGUCAGAGUGUAGUUCAGCCAAAUAUGAAUGGUCGAACCACAGGUGCACGGGAUGAAAUGACCCACUGUUCUGGACCCUUAGAAGUUAUGUCUGCAAAUAACAACCUGCAGCCAAAGUCUGAUGUUAAACCUUCAAUAAACGUCGUCUCCAAGAGCCAGAACCAUGGGUUUUUGGCACCUCAAACUCUUAACACUUCAGGAAUACAGUUUGAUUAUUUGGAUAGUUCAUCUUCAGCAACUUCAGCUUGCCUUUCCCAAAAUGAUGUUCAAUUGCAGCAGACUGCUACAGACCCAUUAUCUUGCAGUUCUCAGCCAUUGAUAUUCAGAGAUAGUCCAGAUGGAGGAGAAGUUCAGGGUGACCCGAGAAACAAUGUAGCUUUUGGAGCAGCAAACAUGGAAAAUAAUCAGUUAGGACUGCCUAUGAUACCUGAUCCUUUGAUCACUAAAAGCUCAAUGGGAUCAAGGAAGGAUUUCGCAGACAAUCUCUCAUCAGGAGGCGGCAUGCUCUCCAGCUAUGAGAACCCCAAGGAAGCACAGCCUGAACUCUUGGCCUCAAUGGCUUCCGAUUAUGUCACCUUUAAUUCAAUUGAUUCUACCAUCAAUGAUGGUAGCUUCAUGGAUAGAGGCGCCUGGGAGCCACCACCUCAACUGCCUCGUUUGCGGACAUAUACCAAGGUGUACAAGCGUGGUGCAGUAGGAAGAUCAAUUGAUAUUGCACGGUACUCAGGCUAUGAGGAACUUAAACUAGAUUUGGCUCGUAGAUUCGGUAUAGAGGGACAACUGGAGGACAGACAAAGAAUAGGAUGGAAGCUUGUGUAUGUUGAUCACGAAAACGAUGUUCUACUGGUUGGUGAUGACCCCUGGGAGGAAUUCGUGAGCUGUGUCCGCUGCAUCAAGAUUCUUUCUCCACAAGAAGUUCAACAAAUGAGCUUGGAUGGAGAUUUUGGAGGUAGUGUCCUUCAAAACCAAGAUUGUAGCAGUUCAGACGCGGGAGAUGUGUAAUUAUAGCAAGGCUAAAGUUGUUAACAAUUCUUUUGAAGCUGGAAACUCACACAAAUAUAGCUUCUAGGUAAUCAGUUGCUCCACCAAAGUUUUCCUUCUAGUAUACACCACAGUACAGUAAGCAAGCCAGCUGCUAGCUCUUCAUGGGAUCUUGGUAUAUUUAAUGAUCCCUUGAGUGUAACAAAGCUGAUGCUAAUCUUUGAUAAGAGAAAAAAGUUAGUAAGGGAAGUCAUCACCAUUGCUGCUUAGAGGGUAAUGUGCUCUAGCAUAGUUGUUAAGGCAAUAGAAGUAUGGUGGAUCCCAACUUCUCUUGUUCCUUUGAUAGUUCCACAAGGCUUGAUAUAUCAGAGUGUAUAGUAAUGUAAAUAUACUCUUUUCUGUAAGAGAAAAUGGUUUAGACAGAAUGAGAGACUUUAUUGCUUUUGAUUGUUGUACAACAUGGAUAUGGUUCACACCUUAUUUAUAGGAGAAAAGUAUUUUCACUAA